AUGAUCCGACCAGUGAAAAACUGGACCACCACCACCAAAGUGGACCUGGAGAUGGUGCUGUAUGGCAUUUUAGGGGUUGAUGAGAAGUGCCAAACUGUCACAGUUCACAUUUGGGUCACAAAGUAUUGGACGAAUGAAUUUCUAAGGUGGAAUCAAUCCGACUUCUGCGGGAUAAAUGAAGUUUCUGUUCCCAGGGCAAAACUCUGGAUCCCGGAAAUAGUCAUUCAACAAGAUGCCUCUAAUGGUGACAGCGUCUAUGAAGGUCCUUGGGCCAUCGUGUAUCCCAACGGUUAUAUGUUCACCUUCUUCCGCCAGACGCUGACCUUCACCUGCCGCUUCAACCUCUACAAAUUCCCCUUUGAUUCGCAACGUUGCAACAUCACAUUUGUAUCCAUAGACACUGACGUGAACAGCUUGGUCCUCGGAUCAGCCAAAAACGACUCGGUUCUGAUGGUCACGUCCACGCAGUUCAUGAUCACUCAGGGAGAAUGGGGUCUGAAAGGCAUCGAAUUAGUCAGUGGUAACAUAACCAACGGGUGGAGAUAUCACAGCACACUUUCUUACAUUGUGACAUUGGAGAGAAAACCGUUUCUUUAUGUCAUAAACUUCAUCAUCCCGCUGGUGUAUUUACUGUUCCUGGAUUUGGCUUCUUUCUCCAUCUCUGUGGAUUCGGGUGAAAAGUUUGGCUUUAAAGUGACUGUGCUCCUGUCCAUCUCCGUCUUACUGCUGAUUCUGAAGGACAUUUUACCCUCGACAGAAGUAGACCUGCCGGUGAUUGCCAACCUCUGCGUCGCAGUGUUCACCUUGGUGUGGCUCAGUGUGCUUGAAUCCAUGCUGGUGAGCUUCCUACUUAACCUGGAUCCUUGUUGUGGUAAAGAAAGUAAGAGAAUUUACAUGAAAAAGGACAUCAAAGUUCAGAAAGAGGCCGAUGAAGAGAAUGGACAAGCUAAACCAGAGCAGAGUUUUUUCUCUCUGGGUAAACUCGGUGAUGUCGAGCUGCUGAAGCUGAUCCUGGAGGAAGUGAAGGCCGCUCGACAGGAAGCUGGCAGUCAGAAGAAGCCCAGAUGCUACCGAACGGUGGCCACAAUCAUUGAUAAUCUGUUCUUUGUUGGAUAUCUUUUGACUUUUGCUGCAUUUGUGGUGUAUAUAUAUGUUGGAUGGAUUGAUAUUUGAAUUUUUAUCUGGAUUUUCUACACAGUUUUUUUCUGCAUACAAUGAUAUUUGCCAGUGGAUACUGCUAAGUCUGUUUUUUUCUUAAUAUAU